GCGAGCUCCUCCGCGCAGCCUCCCUGUAUCCCGCGAGCAUCACUGCGCACCGAGCGGAGCACAGACACAGACGCCGACACCCUGAGUGGAUGUGCGAAGGCUUCGUCUCCUGGAUCGGUGGUUCGUCUUCGGUAAUUUCGCUCUGUGUGUUGUCCGUUCUCUAUGGAUGUGAAGUAAAAGAGGCCAGCAGUCAGUCGGUGUCCUCUCCAUCUCUGCGCUCUUCUCCCCGCACGGUCAGGACCGCAUCCCGCUGCCCCACAAAAUGGCGGACAUCAUCGAGCUGGGACCCACCUACGCCAUGUCUCCAGUGCUGGCGGGCUUCCUGGGAGCUGGUGUUCUGGUUCUGGUUGUGGUGGUUCUGGUUCUGCUCUGGUCUUUCUGUCAGCGUCGGUACCUGCGUGUCUCCGGACGCUACAAGCUGCACGGUGACCGAUAUUGUGAUGCCGAGGACCCGCCCUACAAGUUCAUCCACAUGUUGAAAGGCAUCAGCAUUUACCCAGAAUCCCUCAGCAGCAGCAAGAGGAUCGUGCACAGUAUCCGGCGGGCUGACCGUUCUGAUCGGGAGGGAGAGCGAAAUUCCACUGGUGCCAGCGGCGCUGGAAGGGGUAUGGUGCUGGUGGACGCCGAGAACAACAUCUUGGAUGUCCCGGGGCAGCUGCAAAUGAACCACCUGGUCCCCCCCGCUGGGACGGGCCCCGCCCACAAUCAGGCCCGGCUGGAGCGGGCGCUACCGGUCCGCGCUGACUACUGCUGCCUAGACAGCAGCUCGGCCAGCAGCAGCCAGACCAGCAGCAAGACGGUGUCCCCCUUCACCCCCGCCUCCUCUGAGCCAGAGCCAGAGCCCAGUCUGGGGACCAUCAGCCUCACCGUUGAUUACAACUUCCCCAAGAAGGCCCUGGUGGUAACCAUCGUCGGUGCCCGGGGCCUCCCUGCCAUGGACGAGCAAGCGGGCAGCUCGGACCCGUACGUGAAGAUGACCAUCCUGCCAGAGAAGAAGCACCGCGUCAAGACCCGUGUGCUGAGGAAGACCCUUGACCCGCUGUUUGACGAGACCUUCACCUUCUACGGCGUGGCCUACAGCUCGCUGCCCGAACUCACCCUGCACUUCCUGGUCCUCAGCUUUGAUCGCUUUGCUCGUGAUGAUGUCAUCGGUGAGGCGGUGGUGCCACUGAAGGGCGUGGACCCAAGUACAGGCCGAGUCCACCUGAGCCAGCAGAUCUCCAAGAGGAACAUGCAGUGUGAGACUCGUGGAGAGCUGCUGGCCUCUCUGUCCUACCAGCCGGUGUCUCACCGUCUCAGCGUGGUCGUCCUGAAGGCUCGACACCUCCCCAAGAUGGACAUGACGGGCCUGUCAGCAAAUCCCUAUGUCAAGGUGAACGUCUUCUACGGCCGUAAGCGCAUCGCUAAGAAGAAAACCCAUGUGAAGAAGUGCACACUGAACCCAGUCUUCAACGAGUCCUUCAUCUACGACAUCCCGCCUGAGCUGCUGCCCGAGAUCUCCGUGGAGUUCCUGGUGGUCGACUUCGACCGGACCACAAAGAACGAGGUGCUGGGCCACCUGCUGCUCGGCCUCCACAGCCCCUCAGCCUCCGGAGUCUCCCACUGGAGGGAGGUCUGCGAAAACCCCCGUCGGCAGAUCUCCAAGUGGCACAACCUGAGCGAGUACUGAGCGGGGACCAGCAGGAAGCAGCUGGGACUCCACCAGUGAACGCCACUGGCAAACAAAGACUCAGUGUACAGCACAUUCACACACAUACACACACACACACAUUACAACAUACACACACUCUGUUGUGCUCAUAGUUAAACACUCUGUCUCUAUUAUCUCUCUGUCACCUCUGCAUUUUACAAGUCUGAGCAAAGUCCUGCCGUUCGUGACUUUGGCUGACAAACACAAGUAAACGAGCUGUUUUUAAAAGAGAAACCAUGGAAUCCAUUUCUCAGACUGCCCUCAUGUCUGCUGGCUGUCAAUGUGUGUAGAUGGGGGGGGAGGGAAUGCCCACGUGUGAUUGAAAAAAAAAAAAAUUCCCCUCCUGCUGUUGUUGUCAUGCACUUCACCGCAUGUCUGUCCGAAAAGAGAGAGAAAACACUCCAGAUGAAGAGCUGGGACCUGCUGACUGGUCGACAGGAAGAAGUUCUAGCUCUGACAGAAGAGACGCGCUCAGUAGCACCGCAUAGAACUAAACGCUGCAUAUGCCCACAUAUAGUUACUCCUCAGUAGGACUGAAAAAGAAACUGCUGCAGAUCUCGUGCCACCUCUCGCUCCUGAGACUCGACCAUCUCUCAGCGAUAAUCCUUGUUUUGGUCGGCAGCAUGCUCCCUGCCUGCAGCGUGACAGCUCCACUCCUCUUAAAGAAAGUUCACGAUCCCUGUCAUUCAUUGUUCCUGCAGCAGAAUGUACGACUGCACCCUGACACUUUCCAACAUGACGACGUAUGUGGUGGAUUUCAAACUGUGGACUGAUACUGUGGAUGCUGAUGAUCCGGCCUUGUGCUGAUGGACACGAGCAGACUGAGAGACCUUGUAAAAUACUUGUGUGUAACAUGGAAGCUUUCCUCUAAUGUUUCAUUUACAAAAUCCUCAGGAAGCUGAGAGCAGCUGUGGUGCAUAUGGUUUAUUAUAGGCUCAUUAUUUUCAGAUGAACAUUUCAGUCUGGGCCACGACUUCAUUGUCUCCUUAUCAGUCCAUCAUCGAGUCUGAACCCACAGUCCUUCCACUAACUCGUGUCAGACCAGUCAUGUGCUCAGUCAGGCUGGGAACAAUGUCAGACAUGUCUGAGCGAGUGAGUCCAAAGUGAUGGGGACAGAAUGCCAGAGUUACAUCAUUAUUGCUCAGCACAGAUCGGUUUGAGGUCCGAUGUGUUGCCUGUGCUCCAUGUGGUCUGUUUUACUCAUCAGACUUUAACUGCUUUACCUCAACUUCACUGUCACUAGGGAGACUAGUUUCACAGCCAGUUAACACACAAACACAUACUUGAACAGAAAAUAUAAAACACUGAAAAUGUGAAAACAGGUGCUGAAAGCUCACAAACCACGUGUACAUCAGCGUCACUCAACAUCAGGCACAGUUUCUAUUAGGGAACUAAUGUCAGUGGCAGUUACACCUGCAGGUAGCACAGGUACAUGACUAACCAGCCCCUAUAAAACUACUAGUUUGUGAGCAGUUGGUAAAACUAAGCUACGCUUGAGCUUCUGACCAGCUUGACAAGCUAGCAUCUUGUGUGUUCAUGUUGUGGUGAAGUACUGGUGGGCUCCACAGAUGUGUUUCCUGCUGCUGGUUAAACAGUUGAAGUCAGAGAGAACGAGCCUGUGUCAGUGCUGUUUGUAUAAGGUUAACAGCUGCAGACACCUCAUGAGAAAUUCUGUGGCUCUUGCUGUCUUUCAGUAAGAUUUUAAACAGGAAGAAGUCCUGUAAAUAAAACCGGUGAGGUGCCCUUGAUGCUAAAAGCUCCCAAUGGCGUCAGUGAGGAGCUGCUCCUGGCGCGAGCUCUCGGCGUCCAUGGCCCUCCAGGGAGAGCAUCCUGAUCUCUGCAUCCUGCAGCUGAUUUCCCCAGUGGUCUGAUUUUAGAUGCUUCAGUCAAAUGCUGGAUUACAUUCAUUACGUAGUAUUUUCAGGCAAAGCACUGCACACUGCAGCUCCAGUUCAGGUUAGAAGGUUGUCAAAGGAGAACAUGAACCUCUGGUCUCCUGCAUGAACAAGUACAAAGUUGUGUAGUUAAUGCACACGUCACAUAAACUGUAGGUGUAAGGCUGUUUAAAAAGCAGCAGCAGCAUAAAUGUGCUGCCUGCGCACUGACUCCCACUGACAGGCUCAGCAAUGGCAGGUGCAAUCAACCAUCCACAAACAUCACAAAGUAAAAGUAAGUAAAAGUUCUGCAUAUGUUCAGUUGUGACCCAGAAAAUCUGCACACCUGCAUUUUAUUCUGAACAUACACAAACAUGUGACAACAAGAAGCUUUACCUUAACUAAAUGAAUCUUUAUAAGACAUUUCUCUAAUGUUCCUGACUGAGGGUAAAGAUAUUGAGCAGUCGUCUAACGUACACGUUAACUCCUCUGCCACUUCACAGGCAGAUUGGUGUUUCAAGUGUGUAUUUUCAGACAGUCUGACCAUUGAAUCCAGGAUGACGAGCUGGCUGCUACUGAGAUAAAAUCAGCUGCUUGUCUUCAGACACGGCUCUGUUCUGUGAAGCCUCGAUAACAAAGUGGUGAAAUAAUAUUUAUUUAUGUCAGUAUGGUCAUCGAGCCCUGCUCUCUGAUGAAACAACGUGGGUGCUCUGUGGUACCUGGAGAUCAUGAAGUCAGGCUCUUAACUGGUCUGAAAUCCCUGCUGGUGACCACAGCUGCCUCGGCUUUAGCACAUUCCUUUUUUCUCUGCCUCAUGUUGUACAUGUUCAUUCUCUGAUUUACACUGGAGUCAGCCAGCUGCCGGGGCGGCCACAGCCCAGUGGACGCUUCUCUACAGUGAAUCUGACACUGACUGUUUUAUUAAUGAACACAGUUUAUUUGAGCGAAGACAGACUCUGUCUGUCCUCCAACUUUUAGUCUUACAGCACAUUUUAGUCCCAGUUGAAGUUACUCCACCCUGAAGCUAACGUGUCAGAGAUGAGGAACUAGUGUAAAACUAAACUUCCCUUUGACUCACAGAGAUGUGGCAAAGUCGUGAAGAGCCACAGAUGCAAGAGACGCUGUGGACUGACUGUAGAUUUGUACAGAUGUGAUGAUCCUUCCUGUCUGAUGUCCUCAGAGCUUUAGUGUUUGAGCGCCCCCUGCUGUAGACCUGGAUGCUAACCUCUGUGUUGGGUUUGUUAACACUCAUUGGACGUGCAAAUAAAAAACAAGUUAGCCAUG